CUUCAAACAUUUUCAGAAAAGAGAAGAGACAUCGACAACCAAAGAUGUAUACAAAAUGUUUUACUGCAAUUAUGGUGGUAGCUUUUGCAGUAAUUGUAGCCUUGGUGUGUGUGCUGCUGCUGCUAGGUUCUAAAACAAAGACUUGUAACUUUGAAAGUCUGAAUCCUCCUCUAAUGAAACACGAUGACCAGAGCUUGGUAUUUGCAGAUUUGACACCUCAUGAAAUUACAGAAGUGGUAGAUUACCUGAAUAGAAACCUCAAGGUGAAUUUAGUGAGCAUCUCCAAAGCUAAUCCUGAUUCCAACAGCAUAUAUUCAGUGGAAUUGCAACUUCCCAAGAAACAAGAUGUUUUAUUAUAUUUAGAUCACGGCAAACCAAAACCUCCAAGAGAGGCUUUGGUGGUUGUUUAUUUUGGAAACAAUAAGGAUCCUGAAAUUAAAGAAUUUGUGGUGGGACCUCUCCCCAACCCAACUAACUUUAAAGAUGUUACUCAAGAGAAAUACAAAAACAAACUUCCUUAUUACCGUCGGCCAGCAACAGGCAAUGAGUAUGGUCAGGUGCACACCUAUAUGUUGAAAAAGGAGUUUCCAAAUGCACCAACGUUCCUAAAGGACAUUUUUAAUUAUGAUUACUCAGAUGCUAACUUUUUAUCUGCUUUCACUUCAGCCCCUCGAGGCUUUAAAUCUGGAGACAGAAGUACCUGGUAUGCUCUUUUCUUUAACAUACCAGGCAGUGGUUACUAUUUGCAUCCAAUAGGAUUGGAAUUUUUAAUGAAUCAUAAGAACCUUAAUGUAAGUAAAUGGAGUGUGGAACAAAUUUUUUAUAAUGGGCAAUUCUUUAUAAACUUUGCUGAAUUAGAGGGCAAAUAUUUAAAAGGUGAAGUAAAAAUAGUAAAAAUGAGAAAGCCUGGCCCUGAAGAAAAUAUUGCUUCUCUGAAACCCCCGAAAAGUACUGUGACUGAUAUACCCAUGCAAUAUGAACCGAAAGGUCCACGUUACAGUGUAAAAAACAACCAGGUUUUAUACCAGCACUGGAGUUUAGCUUUUGGAGUCAAUGUAAAUUCAGGUCUUAGAUUAUUUGAUAUUAAAUUCAAGGGAGAGAGAAUAGUUUAUGAACUGAGUAUCCAAGAAGCCAUUUCAAUAUAUGGUUCCAAUGCCCCAGCAGGGAUGUUAACAAGAUACAUGGAUAGCAACUUUGGGAUCGGCCGCUUUGUCUAUCAGCUUGUGCGUGGCAUUGACUGUCCAUACUUUGCUACCUAUAUAGACACCUAUCAUAUGCUUGACUCGGAUACCUGGGUACGAAACAAAGACUCCAUUUGCGUCUUUGAACUCAACUCUGGCCUUCCUUUGAGGCGUCAUUUCUCAAGCUUAGAAUCAUUUUAUUAUGGGGGCUUGGCCAACACUGUUCUGGUUAUAAGAGCCAUUUCUUCUCUAGGAAACUAUGAUUAUGUGUUUGAUUUCAUAUUUUAUCAAAAUGGUGCUAUUGAGACCAAAGUCCAUGCAACAGGCUAUAUCAGCUCAUCUUUCUAUAUGGAAGGGGGAACAGAUUAUGGUAAUAGAGUGGGACCACAUACGUUGGGGACCAUCCAUACCCACUUCAUCAAUUACAAAGUGGACCUGGAUGUUGGAGGAACCAAUAACUCACUGGUUGCCCAUGAUAUGGAGUUUGAGCCCUUUACUGUUCCAUGGAAUCCAGAAAUGCAAAUACAAAGGACAAAGCUCACCAGGAAAACGGUGGACUCUGAAAAUGAGGCAGCUUUUGAGUUACAUUCCAGUAUGCCUCGAUACAUGCAAUUUGCUAGCAAUAAGAAGAACAAAUGGGGCCAUGAGAGGUCCUACAGAAUCCAGAUGGUCAGCUUUGCUGGGGACUUUCUGCCAGAGGCCAGUUCAGUUCACAACUCAAUGAACUGGGCCAAGUACAAGCUGGCAGUCACAAAGCGCAAAGAUGAGGAGCCUCAAAGCAGCAGCAUCUACAACCAAAAUGACCCCUGGUCCCCAACUGUCAAAUUUUCUAGCUUCAUUGAUAAUGAAAGUAUCAAAGAUCAGGAUCUGGUAGCCUGGAUCACAGCUGGGUUCCUGCACAUCCCCCAUGCAGAAGAUAUUCCCAACACGGUUACUGCAGGAAAUGGAGUGGGCUUUUACCUCAGACCCUAUAAUUACUUCAAUGAAGACCCUUCAGUUCACUCUCAUGAUGCUGUUUAUUUCCAGCCCCACGAUAAAUACAACUCAUGUAGUGUCAACCCAUUGGCAUGCCUGGCUAACACUGCCUCAUGUUCCCCUGGUAUACCUCCAUUUACCUAUAAUGGAUUUGACAACCAUCUUAUAGUUAUUUGAUAGAAUUGACUCUUCUCUGCACUGUGAAAUGUGGACUUUCUAAAGGGACAGUAAAGUCAAAUGUAAACUUUCAGACAGAACAUGCAAUUUAAAACCACAGGUGGCCCUCGUUUUACAACGGUUCAAUUUACACCGUUUCAGAAUAACAACCUUUUUUUUUCCAAUCAUGUGACUGCUAUUUAAAAGCAUUGAGAAGCAGUGCAUUUAUUAAAAUAGCCAGUAGGUGGAGCUGUCUGCUUGUGUUGCAGCAAAGCCAAGCAAGCUGAAAUUAAUCAGUUUAACCAGACCUGAGCUAUCGAGCAGAUUUCAAAGGAACAAGAUCUUCCUGUCUAUAAAUCAGUCCAGAUUGGAAUGCAUAGAAAGAACUGUUUGCAGAAAAAUGCAAGUGAAGUCUGUGUUGUGUGAUUAUUUUUUUUAGGUUUAUAAUGCUGUUUAGCAAAUGUUUUUGUUCAUUUAACUUAGUUUAAUUAUAUAUUCUGUGUUGUGUGAUUUUUUUAUUAGGUUUAUAAUGCUGUUUAGCAUUUAAAGUAUUCAUUUCAAAGCUUUAAAAAUAAUGUAUUAGGUGUUACUUAUGACAAUUUUGAGAGGGGCAUGGACACCUUUUGUUAAAAAGCAUACCUGGGUAGACUCAGGAACAGCACUGGACUACUGGGAGCUAGCUGGUGAUUGAUGGCUGCACAUAUAUGCCUAUUGUCAUUGACUCACCAAAUGUGUUCAGCUAGUUCCAGUAGUGCAUUGUUAUUCCUUUAACAUUGGAUGCCAAGAGAACAAAGCAAAUUUGAUCAUAGAAGUAAAUUGGAAAGUUGUUCAAAACUGUGUGCUGUAUUUAAAUAAUAAAUAAAUGGGUUUCAUAUUA